UGUGUGUAUAUAUUUAUGUGAGAGUCUUGAACACACAUUGAUAUAAACUAAUAAAAAAAAAUUCUUAUAAUGAAAAGAAAGCUUGAAUUUUGUAGUGAAGAAAACGAUUCUGCAGAUAAUAAUAAAACAAUUAUCAUUAAUAAUAAUUCAAAAACAAUGAAUGAUACAUCAAUGGUUUCAGAUGUAUUGAUGGAAAAAGAAAACAUUAUUAAACAUGAUGAACGACGAUCAAAUGUGCAUGAUGGUGAUAAGAUUAAAUUUGUUGAGAAUAAAAAAGGUAUCGAACGUUCGACACAAAUUCAACGAAAUAAUGUGGCCAAAAAAUUGAUUAUUAAAAAUUUUGAAAGUCCAAAAUUACCUGAUGAUUAUCUUCAACAAACAUGGGCCAAUCUAGAAAAGGCAAUCGUAGCCAUACAAAUGUCAAAAUCGGUUAACAUUUCCAAUGAAGAAUUAUAUCAAGAGGUGCAGAAUUUAUGUUCACAUAAAAUGUCAUCAAUCAUUUAUCAACGAUUACGUUCAUUGAUUGAAACAUAUGUAAAGAAUAGUGUUUUUCAAUACGUCGAACCAAUCAAUGAGAAUGUGGCAUUUCUUAAGAUGCUUGAAAAAUGUUGGAAUUCUUAUUGCGACCAAAUGAUAAUGAUCCGGUGUAUAUUUCUCUAUUUGGAUCGAACAUAUGUGCUUCAGAAUGCACAAAUUUCAUCGAUAUGGGAUAUGGGCCUGGAAAUUUUUCGUGAAAACAUGACAAAUAAUAAUGUAGUCAAAAUGAAAUUACAAGAUUUUCUAUUGGAAUUAAUAACCCGUGAAAGAAAUGGCGAAAAAAUUGAUUGUAUUCUCAUCAAAAAUAUUCUACGAAUGUUGAUCGAUUUAUCAAUCUAUAUUGAUUUAUUUGAAACGAAAUUUCUUAAAGAAACGCAACAACUUUAUCUUGUUGAAUCGGAAAGAAAUAUAUCAACAAUGGGAAUCAGUGAAUAUCUUUCCUAUAUUGAAAAACGAUUGAAUGAAGAAAAUGAACGUUUAAUGUCAUAUCUGGAUCAUUCAACAUCGAAAAAAUUGAUACCGAUUGUUGAAAAAGAAUUGAUUCAAAAUCAUCUGGAUAAAUUAUUCAAUAUGAAUUUCGAACAAUUAAUCGAUGAACAUCAACUUGAUUAUCUACGUUUAGCAUAUAAUCUAAGUUCACGUGUUCCGGAUGGUUCGAAUAAAUUAUGUAAUCAAUUCAAUCAGUAUAUCAAGACAAAAGGUAGAGCAAUUGUGAGUGCUUCACCGGAACGUGAUAAAACUAUGGUUCAAGAUUUAUUAGAUUUCAAAGAUCGUAUCGAUGAAAUUGUCUGUAAAUGUUAUUUGAAUAGUCCAAAAUUCAUCAAUUCAGUCAAAGAAGCAUUCGAAUGUUUCAUCAAUCAACGGGCGAAUAAACCGGCCGAAUUGAUUGCCAAAUUUGUUGAUUUAAAACUUCGUGCCGGUAAUAAAGAAUGUGGCGAUGAAGAAUUGGAAAGAUUAUUGGAUAAAGUGAUGGUAUUAUUUCGUUUCAUACAUGGUAAAGAUAUUUUCGAAGCAUUCUAUAAAAAAGAUUUAGCCAAACGUUUAUUGAUUGGAAAAUCAGCAUCGGUUGAUGCAGAAAAAUCGAUGCUUUUGAAAUUAAAACAAGAAUGUGGCAGUGCUUUCACAUCAAAACUGGAAGGAAUGUUCAAAGAUAUGGAACUAUCGCGUGAAUUGAUACCCAGUUUUAAACAAUACAUUCAUAAUGCUAUGCCCGAUGCUUCGAUCGAUAUGACUGUUUAUAUAUUAACCACUGGCUAUUGGCCAACUUAUCAACCAAUGGACAUACUUAUGCCACCUGAAUUAUUGAAAUAUGAAGAAACAUUUACCAAAUUUUAUCUAUCCAAACAUAUGGGCCGUAAACUACAAUGGCAACGUAAUCUUGGACAUUGUGUAUUGAAAGCUUAUUUUGCAAAGGGUGCCAAAGAACUUCAAGUAUCAUUUUUUCAGGCAAUAGUUUUGCUAUUGUUCAAUGAUACCGAUGAAGAACUCAGUCUAGAACAUAUUCGAAAUAAGACUAUGAUUGAAGAUAGUGAAUUACGUCGUACAUUACAAUCAUUAGCUUGUGGUAAAGCACGAGUGAUUACUAAAAUUCCCAAAGGACGUGACAUUGUUGAUAAUGAUAGAUUUGUUUUCAAUAAUGAAUUUAUAAAUAAACUAUUCAGGAUCAAGAUUAAUCAAAUUCAGCUAAAAGAAACGCAAGAAGAAAAUGAAACCACACAGGAACGUGUAUUUCAAGAUCGACAAUAUCAAAUUGAUGCUGCUGUGGUGCGAAUAAUGAAAACCAGAAAAAAAUUACCACAUAAUUUACUCAUAUCGGAGAUAUAUAAUCAGAUUAAAUUUCCAGCUACGCCUUCUGAAAUGAAAAAACGAAUCGAAAGUCUAAUUGAACGUGAUUAUCUAAAUCGAGAUCGACAUUCAUCAAACAUUUAUAAUUAUGUCGCAUAAAUAUUUCGAAAAUUGGUGUGGUAUUGGAUGUCAAAUCGAAGGGAAUUUUUUUCUCCCGAAUUUUGUCUGUAAUUUAAAUUGCAUUAAAUGAAUUGUAUAAAAGUUGUAGUCACAUGAACCACUGAAUAAAAAUGAAUCACAAAUUCA